AGAGAGGGAAAAAAACCACAGGCUCAGAGUCUCAGAGCAGAGGAGAGUUGUGCUGCUGGUAUUUAUAGAGGCUGAAUCCACAGCUCGGGAAGCCAGGAGGGGAUUUUAAUCAGCGUUUAUAUUUUUAUUGUCACCUCACACACACACACACACACACACACACACGCUCGGACAGAGGAAGAAGAACGAACCAUGGGGAAAGACUACUAUAAAAUCCUAGGCAUUUCGAAAGGAGCUGCAGAGGAGGAUGUUAAAAAGGCGUACAGGAAACAGGCUCUGAAAUGGCAUCCGGAUAAAAACAAGGCGCCCAACGCGGCGGAGAAAUUCAAGGAGGUGGCCGAAGCGUAUGAAGUCCUCAGCGACCCCAAAAAACGCGACAUAUACGACCAGUACGGAGAGGAAGGCCUGAAAGGAGGAGGUGGAGGAGGAGGAGGAGCGUCCGAUGGCCAGGGCAGCACCUUCACGUACACGUUCCAUGGCGACCCACAUGCCACCUUCGCCACCUUCUUUGGUGGCACCAACCCCUUCGAGAUGUUCUUUGGACGCAAGGUGAACGGCAGAGACGAUGAGGACAUGGAAGUGGACACCGGUGACCCUUUUGGCUCCUUCACGAGUUUUAAUCUGAACGGUUUCCCUCGUGACCGGCAGCCUCGGCGUAAGCAGGACCCGGCGAUCCAUCACGAACUGCGUGUCUCGCUCGAGGAGGUCUUUCACGGCUGUACCAAGCGCAUGAAGAUCUCACGCCGUCGCCUGAAUGCUGACGGCCGCACCACACGCACUGAGGACAAGAUCCUGUCCAUCGAGAUCAAGCGCGGCUGGAAGGAGGGCACCAAGAUCACGUUCCCACGGGAGGGCGACGAGUCCCCCGGCUGCAUCCCUGCCGACAUCGUCUUCGUCAUCAAGGACAAGCCGCACCCGCACUUCAGGAGGGAAGGGUCCGACAUCGUCUACCCCGUCCGCAUCAGUCUGCGCCAGUCAUUGUGCGGUUGCUCGGUUACGGUCUCCACGAUAGACGGGAAAACGUGCAAUAUGAAGAUCACGGAGGUCAUCAAACCGGGAAUGAGGAAGAUCGUAGCGGGACAGGGGCUGCCCUUCCCCAAGAACCCUGAGCAAAGAGGAGAUCUCAUAGUGGAGUUUGACGUGAACUUUCCCGACAGUCUGCCGUCCAACGCCAAGGACGUGCUGAAACGCCAUUUGCCCGCUUCAUGAAGGGAACGCAGCAGGACUGCGGCGGCGUUAAACGGCGCACCACACUGACGCUCGCCAUCUCUCCCGAUCCAACACUCGGACAAAUCGCCGCUAUGCCCCAUAAACAAUGUGCAAUUUCUAUUUUUUAUCUAGUUAGUCAGUGUUUGUGCUUUUUUAAAAAAAUAUAUUGCAUGCCCAAAUAAGGUCAUAAACGUGCAAGUGCAAUCUUCAUGUCUGAAAGUAAACGUCAGAUUUGACUCCUUUACUCGCAGCCUGCAUUGUUUUCCUUCUUAUUUGAAUGGGUAACGUUGGAGUAAGGCGUGUACCGAUAAUCGAAUAUCAUGAUUAUACGAUAUACCGCAAUAUUCAGCACAAUAUUAUUAUCAUGGACAGUUCAAAAUAUUGAAGUGCAGUUAGGAGCCUGAUUCAGAUUUUUUAAAGGCUGCUUUCUAACAUGGUUUAUUUGGAAAAAUCUGAAUGCAACACUGUAGGUAUUUUUGUAAAAUACGGAAUAUGCUUACAGAGGAAUCUCAAACACAUUUAACCACAAGUGGCUGUAUAGGAAUAUCCAUUUAACUUCCCGUCUCAUAGCUAAUGUUUUAUUUCUUUAUUCUUAGUGAGCCAUCAAACUUCAUAAAUUGUUUUUGUGAAUUUCCAAACACCUAAUGUGGUCUCACUUGCUAAAGCAGACAGCCUUGAACCAAGGUCACAUUUAUAAAAAAUCAGAAACGUGGACUGUACAGGUGCAUUUUUAUUCUCCCAAAAUGCAAAAAAUGUAAAUGUUAAUAUUGAGCCUUAGCCUAACAAUUAUGUAGUGAAAAAGUGCAUUUUGUGCCAAAGAUACAAAAAAUAAAUAUGGUUUAAGGCCGUGCUUCUCAAAAUGGCAUCCGGGAAGCUUAGACAGCUUUCUUAAAAGUUAUUAUAGUAUUUCUUUUAUUUGUUAAUAGUUUGUCAAUUUUUUAAAAAAAUCUUUAAAUUGAAAAAAGUAUUUUAAAAAUAGUUCUUAUAGUUAUAUAGCUUUAUAGCCUGUUUGACUGGUAUGCUCAUAAAAGAUGUCUACUUGAAUACAAUUUUAAUAAAAAUGAAGAGACAAUUUUAAGAAGAAAAAGCUCUAAGGCCUAAUAUUUGAAUAUUUGAAUAACUGAAUAAUUGGAUUAUAUUUAUAAAAUAAAUUCCUGCUAAGGGGGCCAUGUUUUUUUUUUUAAUAUUAUUUUUUAUAUAUUUUAUUUUUAUAUUUAUUAUUAUAUUAUUUAUAUUUUUUGACAGUUAAAGGGAUUCGUCGCUUCAAUUAUUUUGGGACUGGCGUCAAUUGUGCUGUGAGAGAGUCAGUGCUAAUGUGUUCAUUUUGGAGACUAAUUUAUAUUUAGUUUUCAUUUUAGUCUCUUGACAAGAAUAAUAGUUUUUAGUCAUUUUAGUUUCUUGGUUAUUGUUGGUUUUAGUUUGGAUUUUUUUAGUAAUUUCAGUCAAGUAAAAGUGAACAGUGUUGCUUGGUAUCGUUUUGUUUCGAGAUGGAAAAAAGGAAGUGAACAUGUUUUGUCUUGUUUUUUAGCCACACACUGAGCAGUGGAGAGGGUAUACAGGGCGAUCUUUAGUUGUGUUACUUCGACCCUGAGAGCGUUGAGAUCUACAGAUGUUGAGCGUGCUGCUGUAAUAGACAUGUCACCUGUCCACUAGGGGACGCCACAUGUUUAAAGUGCAGCAUGGAACAGGUGUGUACCGAUACCGAAGCUUCAGCUCACAAUUAUCACAUAACCUGUAUCAUGGUUUACAACAUUAUCAUAUCUCAUGAGAUCAUGGUUUUAAACAAUUACAGUACAGGUGUGUCAUCGAUCUUUGAUUUAACGCUUAUCUUGUGAACGGAAUCAUGGGAUUGCUUUCUCUGAGACAAAUUUGCCCAAAAUACAAACCCUUAGAGGAGAAAUGGCGUGAUGCUGGGGGACGAGAUGAUAUUCUGAUAAAGUCCAGCAAUAUAACGAUAUAUUGAUAUCGCGAUAUAUUAGUAUCACGAUGAGCAUCGGGGGUGUCGUCAUGCGUCAGUGCUUGUUUCUGUAACUGAUGAGACACUGAAGUCUAUUUUUAUACCUAUCGAACAGUUUUUAAUAUCACUCAUUUUCCUGGUUAUAUAUAUUUACAUUUAUGUGAAUGGUGUUUUUUUUAAAUGUUAAACUUACAGUUUGGAUACAGGGGCGGGUUUAGUGAUUUGGGGGCCCCAUUCAGUUGCACAAAUUUACCUUCAUUAUCCUUGAGCUUCCUUCAUCUGCUGUGAUAACAGCGAUAUGAAUCAAUUCAGGGUUUUAACAUCGAUAUUUAAAAUUUCACUAUAUGUUAUUUAGCAUUAAUAAUUUAAAAAAUAUAUAAAUAUAUAUAUAUAUAUAUAUUUUGCAUUUAUAGGGGGUUCUUGGCUUCUGGGGGCCCAAGGCGGUUGCAUACCUUUGCCUAGUGCUCAGUCCGCCCCUGUUUGGAUCCUAUGGCUUCACUGUUUUGUUUUUAAUCUCUUCAUUAAUAUCGAGUAUCAUGAGGAUGAUGAUAUAUUUUGCAGUAUCGCCCACCCCUAUGACUACACUGGCUGUGCUGGAGAUCCUGAUAAUGGUCAGAGUAGAAGGAUGAGGCGUGUUGAAUCAUUGCUGUAAUUCUACUGUGACACAGCGUUGUUUGUUCAGAUGGAGGGAAUGGAAAACUCCACUUCAAACCAAAAAAAAAAAAAUCCACGUCAAAUCUCUGUUUUAUCUUUUUUAAUGCUCAUACAGUGCAGUUUAAAUCCCUCGUGUUGUGUUUAAGACAUUAAUAACUACUUACUCAGAUUCAUCAAUCGAAAGACAUUUUUAGUCCUUAAUUGUUUCUAUUAAAAAUAUCACAGUUUAAAUUAUUUUAAAUUUACUACGGUUACUAAUAAUAAUAUAUUAUAAUCUAUAUUAUACAUAUUUAUUCAUUUAUUUUAUUUAAUCUUGUACUUUUAAAGUGCAUAUCUAUCAUGCUUUGUGUUCGAGACACAUUACUAUCUGAC